AUUAUAAGUAGAGUUAAGAACUUAAUAGUAUUGAAAAAGCUAUCAAACAAAAUUUGCUUUGCUUUUACUCUUGCCUCACUUCUUCCCUACCUCACCCACCCACCCUCAUUUCACUUCCUUUUCUCUAUUACCCCCAACCAAAAAUCAAACAAAUCUUUGUUUUUCCCUUAAAGGGUUUGCUUAUAUAUGCAAUUUUAACCAAUACCCACAAACAAAUUCUUGAUUUUCUAUAGGGUUGUUGCAGCUGUAUUUAGUGGAUUUUGUCGUUUUCCGUCAAACCCCAUCUCAGCAAAAGGUUUGGUGAUUUUUUUUUCCAAAGUUAUGGUGUCUUCUAUAUUUGGCCAUGUAUCCAGUGAAGCAGAGAUGGGUUAUACAUCAUUAUACUGUAGAAAGAGAUUAAAGUGUUUAGAUUCAUGGGGUUUUGUUGAAGAUGAAAGAGAUGUUGAUGUAGAAUCUUCAAUGGAGUUAACUACUGGUUGCUUGCAAAAUCUUGGUUCACCAUUGUGUGUGGAGUUGAGUUGCCAUUCUAAUGGGGAGAGUGAGAACGUCUCAGCGCCUCGUGAUGUUGGUGGCAGUUCAACGAGUGACAAGAGUACUGCAGUAUACCCACAUGCUUCGACUAGUAGCAAGAGUAUUGUGGUUUACCCACAAGCUUCGAUGAGUGACAAGAGUAUUGUGGUGUACCCACAAGCUUCAACGAGUGACAAGAGUAGUGUGGUGUACCCACAACCUGUACUUGCAGCUGGAUGGAUGUAUGUCAAUGAACAGGGUCAAAUGUGUGGUCCUUACAUUAAGGAACAGUUAUACGAGGGUCUGUCUACUGGUUUUUUACCAGAGGAACUCCAUGUUUAUCCCAUCUUAAACGGGACCAUUUCAAAUGGGGUGCCCUUAAAGUAUUUCAAUCAAUUCCCUGACCAUGUUGCGACUGGCUUUGCUUAUUUAAUGCUUUCGUCCUCUGAUGUGAAUGGACCGACUAAUAUGUACAUGGGAGUUACCAAAGAUUCAGGAAGAGAUGUAGUGGAGUUGCCAACAACAUCCCCCAACUUUGUCUCGGAGACUGAGCAUGGUACUCAUUCCUUGAAGCAGCAGACAGCGACUGCUGGCUUUGCCGGAGCUGCCCAUGGAACUCAUUCCUUGAACCAGCAGACAGUGACUGUUGGCUUUACCGGAGCAGUUGCUCCAUCUAUGUCUUCGGUUAACGAGGAGUCGUGUUGGCUCGUCGAAGAUCACGAAGGGAGGAAACAUGGGCCGCACUCUCUUGUGGAGCUUUAUUCAUGGUAUCAUUAUGGAUACAUUGUGGAUUCAGUGAUGAUACAUCAUGCUGAUAAUAAGUUUAGACCCUUUAGUUUGAAAUCAUUGAUUAGUAGUUGGACUACGGCUACCCCUGACGCUCCCUUCUCGUCUAAUCCUGAUGGACAUGAGACUGCAUCUUCACAAGAUUUUAUAUCCGAGAUUUCUCCAGAAGUAUGCUCCCAGCUUCAUACGGUCAUCAUGAAAACAGCCCGUAGGACUCUGCUUGAUGACAUUGUUAGCCAUGCAAUUUCAGAGUGCAUCUCUGAAAAGAAAGAUCUCAAGAGAGCCACUAAUCAAAAGAAAGUCACUUUUCAAAAGAAAGUCACUAAUCAAAAGAAAGUCACUUUUCAAAAGAAAGUCACUAAUCAGUCUGUCAAGAUGUCAUCUCUCGGUUCCAGAAUGUCUGCAGGUUCUGGUGGCAGUAAGGCUUUAGUUUCUCGAGAGAGCAGUGCAGAAGCUCCUAAUCCUCAUAACGAGAAAUUUCCUGCUGCUGAAAUCCAUUUGAAGUCUUCCGGAAGCUCAAAAUCAGUUGGUAGCUUUGAGAACUUUUGUGAUUCUUAUACAGUUGUUUGCAGGAAAUUAUUUGACUCUAGCAUGCAAAAUAUCUGGAAUACUGUCUUCUAUGACCAUGUGUCAGAGUAUUCAUCUGCAUGGAGGAAGAGGAAACGAUGGUCACCUCCUUGUCUGAUGGUUGAAUCGAGCAUUCAGGAGAAGUCAUAUGCUAAUUGCAUCACAAAGCUUUCUACUGAAGUAUUGCAAGUGGAGGAAGAUUCCUUUCCGCCAGGGUUUGAGCACAAGAAUGUGACAGUGGAUUUGCCUUCUGUUUCGUCAUCAAAAGAUUGCACCGUGGAGCUCUCUACAGAAGUUUUGCAAGUGAAGCAAGAACCAUUUGGCUGUGAUAUUGAUUUUCCCCCAGGGUUUGAGGAGAAGGAUCUGACAGUGGAUUUGGCUUCAGAUUCGUCAUUAAAAGAUUGCACCGCAGAGCUCUCUACUGAAGUUUUGCAAGUGGAGCAAGAAUCUUCCGACUGUGAUCUUGAUUUCCCCCCAGGGUUUGAGGAAAAGAAUAUGACAGUGGAUUUGCCUUCAGUUUCGUCAUCAAAAGAUUGCACAGCGGAGCUAUCUACUGAAGUUUUGCAAGUGGAGCAAGAAUCUUUCGGCUGUGAUCCUGAAUUUCCUCCAGGGUUCGAGGAGAAGAAUAUGACAGCGGAUUUGCCUUCAGUUUCAUCAUCUUUUAAUGAUGAAAAGGUGUUGCCUAGAUCCAUUCAUGCAACGAACCCUGAAGCUAAUGAUCGUAUGCAAUCGAUCCUUGAGAGUGUAUUGGAUGAACUCCACCUGUCUGCAAAGAUGUCCUUGGAAGAGUAUUUCACUAGCCUUCUGCAUGAAGAGGUGAUGGGAAAAGUUGGUUCCCUUAAAGAUGGCGCGACAAUCAAGGUUGCUGAAGACCCAAAUAUUUUGAAUGGUGGUGCAAGUCAAAAUGAUUCUUCUGACGCCAUUUCGGUGUCAGAAAACUUAGCUUGUCAACAGAUUCAGAAUACUUCGCAGCGCAAAAAAUCAUCACAGCGGAAGUCUAUUGAUACAUGUGUGAUUCCUGUUUCAGAUUGGUUUUCAAGGGCAUUUCAGAAGUCUGCUGAUUUUGACAAUGCCUCCGUUAAUGAAAUGACUAAUGAGCUGCAACCACCUGAAUGCGAACCUGUUCCCGUGCAAACUUCUAAAGUUCGGCUUGCUAGAUCUGAUGAUUCUAUUUUGAGAAUAAUAUGGUAUGCUACCCUGUCAAGUUGCCGGCAGAAGGUACAUGAGAAAGCACUGAGGGAGUUGAAAAGUUUUCUUAUUGAUGACUUAAUUAGAAACUUUUUGACAACUUUGUCUUCUGGGAGGAGAUGUAGUAAGCCAGAGGAUCCUCAGGUUACAAGAAUCAAAACAAAUGAUGAGACACGCUAUAAAUCUCCAGCAGCAGGGAAAUAUACAUAUCAUCGGAAGAAUGUCAAAAGAAAGUCGGACUCUUCAUCGCAGCCUCUCCCUGAUGGAUACAUUGGCUCCCAAAAGAGAUCGAGUAACAAGUCAAGGAAAAAAGAUUUCCUGGGAGAGGCAACAGAGAGCACUAAAGGUGACAAUGCAACUUCAAGUGAUAAGGAAAUUGGUCGCAGAGAGUUGUUCACUAAUGCCUCGUUAGUUGUUCCUCCGUUACCGGUUAUUAACUGUAAGACUAUCUUGGAGAAAUUUGCUUCUGUUGCCAAAGCGGGAAAAAGUAAUUCAAACCGCAAAAAACUGAAGGCCACUUUUGUCGCUGAGGUCUCCAGUGAGAAUGGAAAGGUUGAUGAAGACAUUGUCUUUAAAAAGAGAUCUAUUGACAAGAAGUCAAGGAAACAAGAUCUCUUAGGGGAGACAACGGGGAGCACUAAAGGUGACAAUGCAGCUUUAAAAGGCAAGGAAAUCGGGCCGAAAGAUUGUCGCAGAGUGUUGUUCACUAAUGCUUCUUUAGCGGUUCCUCCACCAUCUGUUUCUAAUUGUAAUUCUCUCGCAGGAAAAAAUGCAUCUGUUUCCAAAGUGAGCGGAAGUAGUACAAGCCACAAAAAACUUAAGGCUGCUUUUAUGGCUGAGGUCUCCAGUGAUAACAGAAAGGUAGAUGGAGAUGUUGGCUUGAAAAAGAGAUCUACUAACAAGUCAAGGAAACAAGAUCUCUUGGGGGAGGCAACAGAAAGCACUAAAGGUGACAAUGCAUCUUUAAAUGUCAAGGAAAUUGGGCCGAAAGAUUGUCGCAGAGAGAUGUCUUUAAUUGUUUCUCCAUCAUCAGUUAUUGAUUGUAACACUAUCUCAGAGAAAGAUGCAUCUGUUUCCCAAGAGAAAAGAAGUAAUGCAAGCCGCAAAAAACUGAAGGCUGCUUAUGUCUCUGAGGUCUCCAGUGAUAAUGCGAAGGUUGGUGGAGAUGUUGGCCUCAAAAAGAGAACUAUUAACAAGUCAAAGAAACAAGAUCUCUUAGGGGAGGCAACAGAGAGCAAAAAGGGUGAAAAUGCAGCUUUAAGUGUUAAGGAAAUUGGGCUGAAAGAUUCUCACAGAGAGUUGUUCACUAAUGCGUCUUUAGUUGUUCCUCCGUCGUCGGUUAUUAAUUCUAAGACCAUCUCAGAGAAAGUUGCAUCUGUUUCCCAAGGUAUUCCAGCAGGGAGAAAAAAUACAGGCCAGAGUAAACUGAAGGUUACUUUUGUUGCCGAGGACUCCAGUGGUAGUGGAAAGGUGGCUGAUGUUGUGAACAGUGAAUUGGGCACUCAAGAAAUGCAAGCGACCGCUUGUUCGAAAAAGACUCCUAAAUCAGCAGCUGAAUUACCCGAAUUGAAAAAGAGAAAACUAGAGGAUAAUCUGACAGCAUCUUGUUCAAGAAAAAUUCAAACACUAUCAAGUGGUGCUGGCAACCAAGUAGAGAAGAAGCAGAAGGGUAAAUCCCGGAUAGCAAAACAUUGUACACAAUCAGUUGGCUGUGCUCGAUCUUCGAUCAAUGGUUGGGAGUGGCGGAAAUGGUCAUUGAGGGCAAGUCCUGCCGAAAAGGCUCGUGUUAGGGGAACUAAGGUUGUUCGUAUUCAAUCUGUUAGUUCAGAUGCUAAUGGUUCUCAAAUGUUUAAGGGAAUUUCUGCAAGAACAAACAGGGUUAGGUUGCGCAACCUCAUUGCUGCUGCCGAGGGUGCUGAUCUCUUGAAAGCUACUCAAUUGAAAGCGAGGAAGAAGCGCCUUCGCUUCCAACAAAGUAAGAUACAUGACUGGGGUCUUGUUGCCCUUGAGCCUAUUGAUGCUGAAGACUUUGUCAUUGAAUAUGUUGGAGAGCUUAUACGUCGCCGUGUAUCUGACAUACGAGAGCACUAUUAUGAGAAGAUUGGAAUUGGUAGCAGUUACCUUUUCAGACUGGAUGAUGAUUAUGUGGUUGAUGCAACGAAACGUGGUGGUAUUGCCAGAUUCAUCAACCAUUCUUGUGAGCCUAAUUGCUAUCCAAAAGUUAUAAGUGUUGAGGGUGAGAAAAAGAUCUUCAUAUAUGCUAAGCGUCAUAUUGCAGCUGGUGAAGAGAUAACUUACAACUACAAGUUCCCUUUGGAGGAAAAGAAGAUUCCCUGUAACUGUGGUGCUAAGAGGUGUCGUGGCUCGAUGAAUUGAAAUGCAAAGGAGAUGCCAGAUCAGAUGUGUUCCGCCGCUAAUUCUGGGGUCCUUUCUUGACGUGUGGUUUCCAGGGUUAACCCUGCUGCAGUUUUGUAGAUAGAGAUUUCGUCACCGUGAGCAUCUAGUAAGCAAUGGGUUUGUCACUGCAACUCUCAGUCGGGCGAUACCAGAUGCAUACAUGUACUUCCGGGGGUUUACGCCUUGUAAAAAGGACGAUGAGUGUGUGCCCCUUGCCAUAUAUAUUCUUGUAGAUAUCACAGUUGCAGAUGAGUUCCUUCUCUUAAGAAUCAAAAUCGGUUGUUCUUUAUUUUGCAAUUUUACGGCACUCUUUAGGAAUUCUAUAUCGUGUACAGACUCUAUACGUUAUAAGUAUACGUUUUAACAUUUUUAAGUAUAUAAUAAAAUACCACAUUCAGUUUCAUGGAAUUCAUAGUGUACUGUUUAGUUUAUUUGGUGGUUAUGUUUAGAUCUCUCUUAUGACCUAUGUUGCUCGGACUCUUCAGAAAUGUCAGCGGGUACGUGUCGGAUUCGCCAAAAGUAGUGUGUUUUUGAAGAAUCCGACACGGGUGCGGCAUCAAAAGUGAAGAGUCCGUGCAACUUAGCUUAUGACUAAAGUUGUGUGAAAAUGCAAUAAAGUGUGCUUCUAAUGUUAUGUGAUUGGCUCUAGUUAUUUUCUUCAACAUUUAAAUCAAUGGGUCGUUUUGUUGUGUUAUUGUGGAAUAUGAUCUAUGUUGCUCGGACUUUCCAAAAAUGAUUGUCGCACCCAUGUCGGAUCCUCCUAGCUACACUACUUUUUUUGGAUAAUCCGACACGCAUGCACUCGUCAACAUUUUUUAAAGAUUCCGAGCAACACAAAAUUUUAUGUGUCCCUAGCAGCUAACAAUUGAACAUCUAAAAAUGUUCCAUAUUUGAGUCUUCAAAGAUAGCUCAGUAAAGUUUGGACACAACGUUUUUCGCUCGGACUUUUCAACAAGUGUGUGUCAAGAUUUUCCACAAAUAGUGCAUUUUCGGAGGAUCCGAUGGGUGGCGCUGUGGGUAUCCUCAAAAUUCUGCCUUGUUAUAUUUUGAAUGAUCCGUUUGCUAUGUUGCUUAGACCCUCGUAAAAUGCCUGCCGAAGCCACGGGUACGGUGACAUUUUUGGAGGCCCAAGCGAUGUGGAUAGAGUUAUAUAUUAGAACAUAGUUUAUUUUUUUGUUGUUAUUUUCAUUAGACAGGACGUGAUAUCAAUCCUAAAUUAUUAUUGAACGCAGGAACAAUCAAGGUAUUGCCAUGUCCAUUCAAAAUUGCUUGUGCUAGAUGACAAUGGGUGUGUGUCGCGUGACGCCGCCUUUCUGGUACGCGUUUUUUUUAUCCUCCAAUUAUCUAUUUGUUUCAGCUGCUAUCGUACUCUUGACAAACAAUCCUCCAAUUAUCUAUUUGUUUCAACUGCUAUCGUACUCUUGACAAACAAAACGCCAACAAAACUACAAUCGUAAUGUAUUGUCAUAGUUUAGGAUGGAGAGCAAUCGCAUACGUAGGUAGGUAGCUAAUGACCAAAAUACGGCUUAAAACUGAUCGAUGUAUCGCUAAUUGAGCUGAUAUAUAGUUUUAACCAUCUCUUUUAAUAGUAAUUUUGUAGUUAAAACCCAUCAAUAUUUUCACUGCCAAGUUAUGAUUCGUAAAAAAAGAUAGCUUUCUAUAUCCAGUAAACUUUUUAUUUCCAACGUCUUAUAUAACAUUUUUUUGAACUAAGUUAAAAAAGAGGUUUUGGUAUAUUACACAUUUUUGUAGUUUAAGAUUAUUGGAUUUGACGUAUUUUCAAAACUUUGUGCUUAGUGAGCAUAUGAUUGCCAUUUAAUUGGACCGGUUUGCCCUUCAAAUCGGCCGGUCUUUAGUUUUUGUCCUUAGCAGUCGAAUUUAUGUCUAGCGAGGCAUAAGUUUCGGGACAUCACCUAUGACAUAAUAUUAUGUUGUGAAAAUUAAAGACUAACACAAAAUAGGGGUAUGGUGGUCAGAGCAACUUCUGUAAAGGUACCUCGUAAGCAAAAGUUGAAAGAAAAAGCUCCAAGUCCACCGCGGCCGAGAGCACGAAGAAGGGCAGAAUUGGAAAUGUCUGUUAUUUGCUUCUACCAUUGGGCCGUUGUGUAUGGGCGGGCUGCAUUAUUUCACAAAUUUUGCUCAAAUGGCAAAUAUUACGCUUUUAGUGUUAAUAUAAUGCCAACUACGCCGCCUUGUAUUUAAGUGGAGAAGGAUAGAGGGGUAAAUCGGGUACCAUAAUAUGACGUGUUGGUGGCUACGGCUGGUCAAAAAACAACGGGAUAGUAGACUAACUUACCCGCGAAUACUAAGGUUAAUCUUGAGCCAUGUUUAGUAAAAGCCAUCGCCUUGGUCGUUUAAAGCAAGGGUUUAUCGCUUUAUGGCUGAAGUUGUGUGCUUAGAGUGAGCGCGCGAGCCCUUGAAAGUUGAAACCGAGUUGAAGGAGCCUUCGAAAGUUCAAACCAAGUUGAAGGAGUCUUCAUCGUUGUUUAUUUAUGUUUGGAAUUUGUUUUUACUAAUUUGUAAUUUGAUUAUGAUAGCAAAAGAAAAUGUAUGUAUAUUUGGUACUUAUAUUAGUUCUUGUAAAUUGUACAUUUCAUUCUAAUCUAAAGUUGUAUGUGUAUGUGUAAA